CUUACACCAACACGGUCUGGAUUGACACAUAACUGCACUUUAUUAAGACAGGACACGUGUGUUCACAUCUGGAGCAGCGACAUCAAGAUCAUGGAGAUUUGCAUGCAGUAAAGGACACAACACAUCUGCUGAGUGAAAGGUCCCCUCUGGUGCUGACGCCUGGGAUGGACGGCCAAGCGGAGAAGCCGGAUCUGAGGUUCGACCCGACGACCCUGUCCACAGCCGCCGCCGCAGCCUCAGCACCGAGUCGAACCGAAAGCGUCUACGUCUACCUCUGGAUCUUCCUCAGCCUGCUGCUCUUUCUCCUCACCCUCCUCAUCAUCGCCCUGCACAGACUGAAGAACAUCAUCUCGUCCAGCUCGUCCUAUCCGGAAUGUGUCAGCGAGGCGGGAAGCUCAUUCACAAACAUGGAGAUCUGCAGCGUCUCUUCCCAGAAAUCAACCGUGUCCUCGCUCUCCUGCUGAAAGACGCUAAGAUCUUAAGAUACAUAAAUACGAACACAGUGUUUAUGUAAAAUCAGUAAAAUCAUACACAUUUAAGAGACACAGAUAUAAAAAAAUGUAAAGAUUAAUGCUUCCCUGACAGUGUUCCCAAAAUUGUGCAAAAAACAUAAGAUGCUGCUGAAAUGUUUGAGUUAAUCCGGGUUAUAAUUAAUUCAUUAAAUCAUGUUGGCUCUCGUUUUGUUGCUCAUACUGUAUAAUGAACUGUAAUAAAACUGUAAUAUAAUAACUGUAUGUACAGUAAAUCCAGAAAUCUAAACAUAUC